CAUCAAUUGAAAAAAAAAUAAAAAAGAAAACCCAAAAAAAAUAAAUAAAAAAUAAAAAAUAUAGCGGCGGUGCUCAUAAAGAGAUUAUAUACCGCCACCAAAACCCCCAUGAAAACCAGCCUUAACACUUUCCGGAUUGUUGAACACUGAGAAGAGACAAGGUGCUUAAGAACUGCCAUUUGGGUCUUUUUGUGCUUGUUAAACACUAUUUGGUCGAUCAAAAAAUGCUUACAGAAUAUAUGCCGAACCCAAAUGGGUUCACGAACAACCAACUCGCACCAUGUAGGGAAAGAAUGGCUCUGCCUCAGAAAGGUUCUUUGCAAUUGUUCUAUUGUGGUCCGGUUCACACUGAAAAGCAGGUCGAUAACAUGCCAAGAACUGGUUCCACUGAUGUGUUUUCUGAGGAGCCACCUGCUUGGUUUAAAGAUCUCCUAAAUGAGCCGGACUCUCCUGUUAACAAACCUCAUCAUCGACGUUCAGCAAGUGACUCAUCUGGAUACUUAGCCGCUCCUGAAAGUAGCUGCAGAGAUAAGGAGUCGUGGUCUAGGAACACUUUCGGAAGACCUGAUGGUGCUUGUAAUUUUCAGAUGCCGGUUCACUGUCGUUAUGGUGUGCCUCCAGGUUCAUUUGACAGGGCACCGGGUUCUAGACUGCAAGAUAAUAAGCUGCGAUUGCCGCCUUCAACUUAUCCUAAGUUAUCAAAUGGAUUGAUAAAUGCUAAGGAAGAUGCAGAAUGUCAGGCCUUGGGUAUGACUUGUUCACCUGAACCAGAUAGAAUACGACUUGCUGCAGCGAAGGAAUCGGACAAUAACCUAGGUCCUGAAGCUUCAUUUCCCUCAGAAAAUUCGUCAGGAAGCGAUCCCUCCCACAUGAAACCGGUUUCUACACUUAAUACUGAUGCAAAACGUAAACAGCAUAAUGCUCGAAGGUCUCGUGUCAGAAAGCUUCAAUACAUUGCCGAGCUGGAAAGAAACGCCCAUGUUUUGCAGGCAGCAGGAGCUGAAGUAUCGGCACAGCUAGAAUUUCUUGAUCAGCAAAAUAUGAUACUAGGGAUGGAGAAUCGAGCUCUUAAGCAACGUUUAGACAGUUUAUCACAGGAGCAUUUUAUCAAAUCAAUGGAACAACAGAUCUUGGACAAAGAACUCGGUAGGCUUCAAUACUUGUACCAUUUGCAGCGAAAUUUUAACCAUCAACGGCAUCGACACUCUCAAAAGCAGAAUCAUGCAGUUCAUCGACGUGGCCGAAGUGUUAAUGACCUCGAUCCUCAACUUGUCAGGCUCGGUUUUAAUCCUCCAAGGGCUGUUGCAGCCAGCCAUAGAGCCCCUCAGUAAAUAAGUACUCUACACCAAUGGGUUUGGUGGGUUCUGUAAAUUAACAUGAUUAUUGACAGUAGGUAGUACUGGGGCAAUUGUACAUGAAAGGUUUAUUAUGAAGUGAUACUCUAAAAUAGCAAUAUAUUGUAAGAUCAUAUAUUCAUAUUAGCGAUGAUU